AGCUAACUAAGGGCAAAGGGAAAAAUCUUAGCCACUCCAAAAUGUUCAAAUAAGUCGAUAAAAAAGUAAAUACUAAACUCGUCGAAUUGUGAUUGUGGGUCAGCGCGACUCGCUGAGUGGCAAAGUCAGCACCUGCCUACUCUUAGAACCCUUCAUCUUUGCUGCUAUAUCUCGUCCCCUUAAAGUGUUCUGUACUCAAUGCACUUCAGUUUUCUACUCCAUUCUACUACUUAUACAAUUUCUACUUGUUAAUGCUGUCUCACACGCUCGCAUCUAGUUAGUUAGAAAAUGGUUGUAUUUCUAACCUACCAGUAGUUAAGGAAUAUACAUACAUACUCGCACCGUACAUUGGGAGUUGCGGCAAAAAUAAAUAGAAGUCAAGCCGCUAAUCAACCGCCCAAUCAAGCGUGCAACCAGCCCACCAAAAUAUCCGAACUGGGCAAUCAAGGCACCAAAUAAGCCCAAAAUAGCAAAUGUCUAAAUUGAAAACCUUCACGAAAAAGCAGCGGAAUGAAAUAAAAAAUAAGAAAUAAAUGACAAAAAAUAGAAAAACAAAAAAUCAAGUGCACAAAUCAUCUUAAAGCAGUGGCGCAUAAAUCCUUGCUAGGAUCAUAGUCUGCCGCCUUUUCCCAUACUUAAAGUAACCGUAGCAAAUACUUCAACAGCUGCCGUCAAAAGCAGCUGUCACCGAAGUCAGCAGUUACGCGUCCCACAAUAUUCGAUUCACCUUCAGUGUUUUACUUAUCAUUAUUCAAGUACUCUUUGCCAACUUACGCAGCUGAAAGUGAACACUUUUUCGUAGCUGUUUUUACCAACCUCAUCACAUUCGCCAUUCUUUCGACCCUAAUCAGCCUCGUAACCCCAACUGAGGUAGCAAAUAAAAUGGAUGAUGCUCCGCCGCCGUCGAAGAAGAGCACCACACUCUCCGUGGACCGCGCUGCUUUCCUGCUGCUGCGUGUUAAGAAGGCAUUCAAGAAGAAACGACAGCAGCGCAAGGAAAAACAGACGCAUGCAGCAAAUGCGGCCUUGAUAUCACAAACGCACGUGGGUCGGAAAGUGCCACCCCCUCUGCUACGCUCUCGCACUUUGCCAGCUAUUAUUAUGCCCGGCAUUCCGGUUGUCUCGGUUAAUACGGACCAGCAAUUUGACGAGCGCAGUAGUGGCCUCUUGGGCACCAAGUCUGGCAGCGGCACCAGUACCGGCGGUGGUGGCACCAAUCGUUGGUCUCUACUCACCCGCCAAACACCCACCACACCUGGCUACACCACCACCAACAAUAACAAUAAUGUAGUGAAUGUAAAAUCAUUGAAUUUACCAAAAGACGACAUGGGCGUAUACCGUCGCAAAUCUUCCGGCAGCACUACCACCCAUACAAGCACUAGCAUCAGCAAUAGCGGCACACCCAUUGUUGGUUCCCAGGUAGCCGACGCGGCCUUGUUGAUGCCCACAUGCGAGGAUUUCGAAUGCCAAGCAGCGGAUGGAUCAGUUUUGCUCAGGAUACCUGCACCGCACGUUGUGGCCGCGCGCGCCUACCGCUUGGCGUCAAAGAAGCGCAGUACUGGUAACACCACCCACGAUAGCCAACAAAAACAACAUCACCCGCAGAGCAGCAGCAAUACAUCGAGCGCUAUGGUUACGACCGCAACUGUCAGCGGUGCUGAAGCACAGCAUCCCUCAACACCUGAUGGCGGCGAUACAGGUGGCACCACAACCAAUACAGCAUUGACACGACGUCUGGCCAAAUUGCUUCAUCAGUCGAGUAUGUCUGCCUCGAGGCUAACAGCAGCCGCUUCCCCGCAUGGUGAUAGCGCCGCUACAGCCACCAACACAAACAAUUUGCUGCCAAUUAUGCCAGCAGCUGCGUCUAGAGACGGUGGUAGCUCGGACGGCGGGGGUAGCUGUUUGGAUGAGGCACCACGUCGACUUUCGUGGGAGAGACGAAAGGACAGCAGCGCAUUACAACGUUCCGCCAGCAUUGAUUCCUUUGCCGAGAUUGUGUGGAGCGACUCACCGCGACCCUCACUCGACAUACCACGUCCCUCCGUCGUGCCCUUCAGCAAACGUCCAUCGGCCAGCAGCCUGUUCUCAAACUGCAGCGCCACAUCGCAAACAACCCAAUUGAAUAUCAAUUACGGUACCGGUGGCGAUCUAUGCAGCAGUGGUAGCAGCGCGGGUAAUAGUCGACGUGAAAGCCUCUUAAGUCCAUCGUCAACGCGCCGCAAUAAGCUGACCAGAAUUAUAAACGACAAUAUUUUGCCGCAUAGUUUAACACUUGAUCGUGCGAAUUGGCGUAAGGAAGGUGACGAUAAGCACCACGAAAAAGAAGCGGAUAAAGACGUCGGUGGUGGUGUAGGCAGUAGCUAUUAUUUUAUUGAUAGCGCCCGCGUUGCUGAUUAUGAUACUGAUGAUGAUAACGCCGAUGCUGAUACUUAUAGCGCGGUUGUAUUGAGACGCCCAGCAUCUACGCACAAUAGAAACAGUAGCAGUAGAAGUAUCAAAAACAAUUAUAGCAAUCACUGUGAUGUUAAUAUUAUUAACAACAAUAACAAUAAUCAUAGCGAUAACGCUAAACAACAGUACAAAUUGCUACGUGCGAAGACAAGAGACUCACAAGAAGAACAGAAACAGCCACCACAUAACAAUUUAAUACAGCUGUCAGCGGAGGAUGGCGGCGAUCGGGGCGAAAGCAAUUUUGAUUCCACAUUCCGUUGGUCAGAGCAAUGGACGCCGAAUAUAGCUGUUGCUAAGAUACGCACCGCCAUCUCUUGUACGUCUGGCGAUUUGCGGGAAAUGGAUUUUCUAUUGCCGCAAACAAGCAUUGCAGCAGCAGCAACAGAAAAAAUACAGCACAGCAAGUCGGUGAAAAUGGCCACAACAAUGCCAUUAAGCACCUCUAAUAACAACAACAGCAAUAGUAUUCAAAAUAAUAACAACAACGCGAAUAACAAAAUACUGAGGAUGACCGCAGAUAAGCAACGAUGUAAUGGCGUUGGCGACGGCAACGGCAACGGUUUGUUGAUUGUGGCGCGUCAGGCGCGAAAUUCAGCAGCACCGCAAAGUCAAAUACAACGACCAAUGCAGCCACAGGCUCUCGAACAGCUGAAAAUGAAUACCAACAAAUCGAUAGAAUUAGGAACAAAGCCAUCGAAUUUAGCAAUUUACCGACACUCGGCGCACGUGCGCACAAAAAUAAAUGGCAGCACCGCCAACGGUGGUAGUAGUAACAAUUGUGGCAACACUCCGUAUCGCAGUAAAAUGUCUAAAAAACAACUAAAGUUGGCGCAAGCUCAGCUGGACAAAUUGAAUCAGAUUAAUUCGCACCAACAUGCUCUAUUUUCGGCUGUGGAACAUGGACAUUUGGACAAGGCGCGUACAAUUCUUGAAUCAACUGAUGUCGAUGUCAAUAGCAUUAACACUGAUGGACUGUCGGCUUUAGAUGUAGCUGUUCUUAGCAAUAAUCGUUCGAUGACGAAAAUGCUCUUGCAGCGUGGCGCCAUCGAGGGCACACAAUUUUCCACAGAUACCAUCGGAAAUAAAUUGAAUGGUUUACUCAAAGAUGCUGAAUCUCGAAUACAGGAUUUGAGUGGCACAUCGGAUGGUGGUCUCUGUCAGCCCACAUUUUCAACGCGACCGUCCAUAUCUAGCAUUAUUAUUGGCAACACCGGCUCUUCUGUAACCGGCUGUACAGGCAACGAAAUCGAAAAGCAAAUAGGUAUUUGGGAGCGUCGAGUGAAGGGUUUGCGACGCCUGCUGCUCGGUUGGGAUCAGACGCGCCCACCGGAUACACCCGCAUCGGUAACGGUAGAUGUGACAGGCGAGAAUUCGAUUGCUCUGCAGAUACUUGAACCGUUCGAGGGUGCAAUUGGCACUAAAUUCAAAGUGCAAUGGUCAACGCGUGCCGACUUCAGCAACAUUGUGGGCGAACGCGAGCUGGUGGAUUGGACAAGUUUUCACGGCAAUAUGGGCACGCAAUGUCAGAUCGGCGGGCUGACGCAGGGUCGUCGCUAUUUUAUACGCUCCGCUUGUGGAAAUGUCAAAGGCUGGGGUCCUUACAAAACGUCAGUGCCAGCCAGCGUUGUGCCAUCAUGUUGGCGGGAUUUCAAUAAUCGUGAAGACCGCUAUAUAGGCCGUCAACGUGUUUUGGACAAUCUAUUUACGGCGGUGCGUCUUGCAAGGCCAGCUGAUGUAUCCGAACUGACAUUGGACGUGUGCUCGGCACAACGACGCAAUCCAAAGAAGAAGACUACCAUCAAGCAAUUAUUUUCAGUGGCGUCGAAAUUUCAAAAGCAUCUAAGACGCGGCAUCUAUCUAGCAUGCGUUAUUUACUGCGAGGAUAAAGUGCUGGUCACUAGCGAAGAUUUCUUGCCCGUAAUUGAGAUCGACGAGACAUAUCCAGGUAGUCUGCAUAGUGACUACCACUGGCUAAUGAAGGUUGCUUGUACUUGGGAUGAUGUAAGGUCCCUGCGCACCGAUAUGGAGCGAAACCUUACAUCUGCUGUGCAUUUUCGUACCAAACUCCUAUCGGCUGUUUGUCAAAUGCAAUCGACGCUUGGCCUCAACGACUUGGGCCAGUUGUUUUAUAAGCCGCUACGCGACUCCCAUGGCACCGUUGUGCUCACUUGCAUUCAAGCUGUGAAAAGCCAGAAAACUGUAUCCAUACUCAAUUCCCGUUGGAUGCCGUUAAAUAAGCUACAGAAAAAGAUUGUGACGCUGCUGGAGGAUUAUAAUAUCAAUGAGAUGUUAAUUUCUUCCAUUAGCGAACAGAUACACUACCAUCAAGCGUCAACGCAAAGAUUAAGUCCAGGUCUAUAUUUAGGCUACUUGAAAAUGCAGUGCUCCAUGGACCAGAUACAAGUCGUUGUGCCUGUGAAGACACCUAAUGUGCUGCCGCAUUGUAAGGUGCGUGACAACAGUCACAUCACCGCCGACGAGUGGCAAAUCCUGAAGCGAAAUCGUUCUUCUAGUAGCGGCAGUCGCAGCAGCAGUCCGCUUAAUAUGGCGCUUGAGUUCAACACAAGCUCAGACGCGACCACCGAGGGACAACGACUAUUUCUCUAUGACCUCACUAAUGCUGCACAUAAGUUGUUCGCCUACAUGAAUAUUAAGCCAGAGGAUGCCAAAACGCAUCGACUCUAUGACAUCGAAGUUAUUGAGCAUAGCAAAGACAUAAGCUUUCUAAUUAUCUGUCCUGCGGUAGAGCUCACCUGUGCAGUGCCUGGCCAGUCAGAGUUGCUGCUGCAACGCGACGAUCUCGCCAGCCUCAGCAUACAGGCGUUCGAGAUGAUACACCUGCGCACUUACCAACCUGGCAUCAUUCAAAAGUACGCACGCCUCUCUUGCAUAUUGGAACUGGACACAGCUUUGGCUACUCAUUCGCAACGCGAAGCCUUUUCCACCAGUGAGCUACAAACGGCCAAAGAGCGCUUGGCUAAACUUCACGAGCUGUCGGCGAACUUGAAUGCAGUGUGGAAGAGCGUGCGCUGGCUAAUGGACGUGAUAGCGUUUGCGCGCGACAAAAACACGCAGUCGUCGGAGGUCAUGAAGGAUAUACUGGCCUAUGGCAAUGGCAAGGGCAGUGGGAGUGAGGAACGUGUAGCGGACAAGCAAUUGCUGCAACUGCCAACGCGCGAUGCCAAAUACACAAAGAGUUCGGGUCGUGGUAGCUGGCCGGGGCCAGGCGCCAAUUCGCAAGGUUCCAGCAACAACUGCCUGGCUGCCGAGCAUUCGAAGUCGGAGCAAAAUCUCGGACGCAGCGCAAUCACAACUACCUCGAGCUCCAGCAUCGCGCCGCCUCAACAAUCCGCCACCAAGUCGCACAGCAGCAGCGGUGAUUCCCGUAAAACGGUGAGUUCGACGGGUACGCAACAGUUGCUACAGGUAGGCAUAGGCGGCUACACUAGCUCGGACAUUUCAUUGCGUAAAAAUAGCGGUGACUCAAUGACCUCGUCGCAAUAUACAACGCGCAGUUAUUAUUCAGGUGCGGAGUCAGCUCUUGGCAGUAAUAACGAACUAGGGCAGUUAUUUGCCAUACCGCCUUCGCGUUCCGAUGACACGCUGGCACUGGGCAGCUUGGAUGUGGGAAAGCACACACAAUCCACGUCCGGGCAACGUAAACGCACUAGCUCUAACAUAACACAACAUGUUACAACACCAUCGCCUUUGAGCACCACUGCGCACUGCUCUAGCUCAGCACCCUACUUACCCACCGGCUCCAAUCUGUCACUGAAGAACUCAUCCAGCUCGGACUAUGACAUCAAAGCGUCCAAGAUCAGUAGUCAACCGAAAGCUGAGCAAUGCAUUGGAGGCAAAGUGAAGGCUGCUUCCAGUGCAAAUUUACGGGAUGGCGGUCUUUACCUAAAGACAACGGUUGCGACGCUGCCGAGUGAUACGAAAGCAAUAAGCAGCGAAGCAGCCGCCAUAAGUGCACCACCGGCAACAACAGCAAAAACUGCCUCAAUUAAAAGUAUAUCGCGACAGAGCAGCGAAGAGGAUACGGCGAGUGGUUCCAGUCACACCUCCGAACAGGCAACAAGCGCCACCGGUCCAGCGGCCAGUUCGGGUAUUAUACAAGUUUAUACCGCAUAUAAUACAGGUCUAGCCAGCGGUACCAGUCUCAAGCUUCAUGUUACACCAAAAACAACAGCGCGCGAAGUUAUCAACUUGGUGGUGAAGCAGUUGAAUAUGGCAGCGGUGCUGAAAGGCAAUAAUGGACCCAUCUACACGGCAGAAAUGCUGGAUAACUUUUGUUUGGUAGCGGUUAUUGGGGCGCGAGAACGCUGCUUGCGUGAUGACUUCAAGCCACUACAGCUACAAAAUCCUUGGCGCAAAGGCAGAUUGUAUGUACGACAAAAACACGAGCUAUUAGCGGCAAUUGAACAUGCAAAUAGAAAGUCGCAUCUGAUCUGAGCAGGAAAGUAAAAUACAAACAUGUAAAAAAUCGAUGUUUGGACAAAAAACUAGAAUUCA